AUGGACCGCUGCAAAAGUCGCCAGCAGAGGGCGACAACGAGUCAAAUGUGCGAAGCGUUACGACGAAGAAGAAACCCCGGAAGCUCAACAACAAGAGCCGGACGUUUGCCAGUAGAACGGCGCAGCUUUUGGGGGGGAUUUCCUCCUUUUUACCGCAAAGUGGCGUGUGCGCGAGACGUCGUUCGCGGGACGUUUCCAACUCGUGCCAAGACGAUGUGGAGGCGGCGUUAACGAGCUUCGGAAACACGCUUUUCCUUCGGCAAAUUGGAACCGUCAACCGCUAAAGAGAGGGAUUCGACCUUCGUUGUGGCAGCCUGCUUUGCCUUUUCUUUACGGGGGGAGGUAAGUUGUCCACGUAAAUACUGGCUCCAGGUUACGUCGGCGAUGGAGACCAAAGUGUUCCGCAGCCCGGCGCGUCACGGCUACGCGGUGGAGGCGUCGCCCUUCUUCCCCGGCAGGCUGGCGUGCGCCACCUCCCAGCACUACGGCAUCGCAGGCGGCGGCUCGCUCUUGGUCCUCGACGACGCGCCGACCGGACUGGGCCUCGUCCGAAGCUGGGAGUGGAGCGACGGCUUGUUUGACGCGUCGUGGAGCGAGGCCAACGAGCACGUCCUGGUGGCGGCCGGGGGCGACGGCAGCCUGCAGCUGUGGGACCUUCAUCACGACGCCCCCCUCAGGCUGGCCAAGGAGCACGUGCGAGAGGUGUACGCGGUGGACUGGAGUCAGACGAGAGGCCACGACGCCAUCGUGUCGGGAUCGUGGGAUCGCACCGCCAAAGUGUGGGACCCCACCCUCGGCCAAUCACUCAGCACUUUCACGGGUCACCAGGGGGUCAUCUACAGCACCAUUUGGUCACCUCACAUCUCAGGUUGCUUCGCUUCAUCCUCAGGUGACGGCACGCUGCGAGUGUGGGACGUGAAGGCGGGCGCGUGCCGGUUGGCGGUGCCGGCGCACGACGCCGAGGUCCUGACCUGCGAUUGGUGCAAAUACGAUGAGAACGUUGCGGCGACCGGCGCCGUGGACGGCAGCGUGCGCCUUUGGGACCUGAGGAACCCCCGCCGGCCCCUCAAUCUAAUGACGGGCCACAAGUACGCCGUCCGGCGAGUCAAAUUCUCUCCUUUCAGCGGCAACGUGGUGGCGUCCUGCUCGUAUGAUUUCACUGUAAGGUUUUGGGACUGGAAGAGGGAGAGCGCUCUCGUCGACACGGUGGAACAUCACUCGGAGUUUGUCUGCGGCCUGGACUUCAACCUGCACGUCCCCAACCAGGUGCUGGACUGUUCGUGGGACGAGACGGUGAAGAUCUACACGCCGCCGUGUUUGUCCGGCGCCGGGCCCCGCCCGUGACGGUGUCGGCCCCCGCGCCCCCCGCCGUGAUGUCGUCGGGUCAAAGAGGAAGCGGCGCGCCAGGCGACGUACCGCGACCUCCGGAUGAAGAAGGCGUCCUCGGUUUGCGGGGACGGCGACAAGAGGCCAAAGGAAGCGUUCGGCCAUUCGCCCCCUCGUCGACUCAUUCUGGCUGCGGGCGCGCCAGCGUGACGCAAGCGGUCCAUCGGGCGUCGCGGGCGAAGGCGGAGCUGCCUGAAGCCGAAUCUCCCCCACAUAACUUUGAGCUUCCUCCGGAACCUUCCGCCGUUGGCCGCGCCGAAAUGGAAGUGUUUGAGCUUUCCCUUCACAUGAGAGUCUGCUAAUCUUUUUGCAACAAUGGACCCCCCCCCCCUCCCGCCUGGGCCUGCUGCUAAUCCUCUGGCGGAGUUAAUUGGAAGGAUGGCCCUCCUCGCCCCCGCCCCCACCCCAGCCCCCGUCACCUCAAAGUCAUUUCCUGAUGAAAAAUUAAAACGAGAGAAUGUGAAA